GCAUUUCUUCACCGGAUCCGCCAGAAUGCUGUGGACAAAGCAGAGAAGUACAUAACAGAGGAGAAUGUUAAGAUCUUAUUUUCUAACAUUGAAGACAUUCUUGGUGUUCACAAGGAGUUCCUGGCUGCCCUGGAAUUUUGUUUACAACCAGAACCUCAGUCUCAGCAUGAACUGGGAAAUGUUUUCUUAAAAUUUAAAGACAAAUUCUUUGUCUACGAGGAGUACUGUAGCAACCACGAGAAAGCACUCAGACUGCUGAUGGAAUUGAACAAGAUCCCAACAGUGAGAACAUUCCUCCUGGGUUGCAUGCUUUUGGGAGGCAGAAAGACGACAGACAUUCCACUAGAGGGUUAUCUACUGACUCCAAUUCAGAGAAUUUGCAAAUAUCCACUUCUGCUUAAGGAAUUGGCUAAGAGGACUCCCUCUAAGCAUCCUGAUCACCCAGCUGUCCAGAAUGCAUUGCAGGCAAUGAAGACAGUCUGCACAAAUAUCAACGAGACCAAGAGACAGAUGGAGAAGCUGGAAGCCCUUGAACAGUUGCAGUCCCACAUUGAAGGAUGGGAGGGGUCAAAUCUGACAGAUAUCUGCACACAGCUCUUGCUCCAAGGGACUUUGUUAAAAAUCUCAGCAGGAAAUAUCCAGGAGAGAAUGUUUUUUUUAUUUGAUAAUCUACUGGUCUAUUGCAAGAGGAAAUCCAGAGUUACUGGGAAAAAACCAUCUAAACGGACAAAGUCAAUCAACGGGUCCCUGUAUAUCUUCAGGGGCCGAAUAAAUACAGAAGUCAUGGAGGUGGAGAAUGUGGAAGACGGAACAGCAGAUUACCACAGCAAUGGCUACACUGUGACAAAUGGCUGGAAGAUACACAACACAGCCAAAAACAAAUGGUUUGUCUGUAUGGCCAAGACUGCAGAGGACAAACAGAAGUGGCUGGAUGCUAUAAUCAAGGAAAGGGAGCAGAGGGAGAGUUUGAAACUGGGAAUGGAGAGGGAUGCAUACGUCAUGAUUGCAGAGAAAGGAGAGAAGCUGUACCAAAUGAUGAUGAGCAAGAAAGUGAACCUUAUCAAAGACAGGAGGAGAAAAUUAAGUACUGUUCCCAAGUGCUUUCUUGGCAAUGAGUUUGUAUCAUGGCUCACAGAGAUUGGAGAGAUAAGCAAACCAGAGGAAGGGGUCAACCUGGGACAGGCACUACUGGAAAAUGGAAUCAUUCAUCAUGUUUCAGAUAAGCACCAGUUCAAGAAUGAGCAGGUGAUGUACAGAUUUCGCUAUGAUGAUGGAACAUACAAGCCAAGAAGUGAAUUGGAAGACAUCAUGUCCAAGGGUGUGAGGCUGUACUGCCGACUACACUGCCUAUAUACUCCAGUGGUAAAAGACCGUGACUACCACCUAAAGACCUACAAAUCAGUAAUCCCUGCAAGUAAACUGGUGGAUUGGCUAAUUGCACAGGGAGACUGUCAGACUCGGGAGGAAGCUGUCGCACUGGGUGUUGGACUCUGCAAUAACGGCUUCAUGCAUCAUGUCCUGGAGAAAAGUGAAUUUAAGGAUGAAUCCUUAUAUUUCCGUUUUUAUGCUGAUGAGGAGAUGGAAGGCACCAGUUCCAAGAGCAAACAAUUACGUAAUGACUUCAAGCUUGUGGAAAACAUCCUGGGAAAGAAUUUUAAGAUUUUACCAGAAGAAGAUGACUAUGGAUUUGACAUGGAAGAAAAGAACAAAGCAAUCGUGGUAAAGUCAGUUCGACGAGGAUCUUCUGCAGAGAUGGCAGGCCUGCAGAUGGGAAGAAAAAUCUAUUCCAUCAACGAGGACUUAAUAUUCCUACGCCCAUUUUCAGAAGUAGAAACCAUCUUAAACCAGUCCUUCUGCUCACGAAGGCCACUUAGGCUUCUGGUAGCCACCAAAUCAAAAGAGAUUAUUAAAAUCCCAGAUUGUCCUGAAGCACUUUGCUUUCAGAUACGGGGAACAGCACCACCAUAUGUUCAUGCGGUAGGAAGAGGUUCUGAGGCUGCAGCUGUAGGCCUUCAUCCAGGGCAGUGUAUUUUGAAAGUUAAUGGGAAUAAUGCAACACAUGGAAAUUAUGUGGAAGUUCUGGAGCACUUUACAGCCUACAGGACCAGACAACAGGAAGCGCUGGGAUUGUACCAGUGGGUGUACAGAACACACGAAGAUGCUGAAGAGGACAGGGUUCAGCAAGCAGCAUCCACUGCAUAUCUGAAUGGCAGUCAUCCUGGCUCCAGUAAAGAAGACUCUUCCAUGGAAGGAGGCGCAGAUUUGGAUUCCCUUCAAAAUAGCCAGCAGGAAUCAGCCCAGACACCACAGACCAUCAUCCCUCCACUGAUCAUUGCUGAAGAAACACCUCUCAUCAGCCUGACUGUGGAUAACACCCACCUGGAGCACGGGGUGGUGUACGAAUAUGUCAGCAGCGCAGGAAUCAAAUCCUUUGUCCUGGAGAAAAUUGUGGAACCAAAAGGUUGCUUCAAUCUCACUGCAAAGAUUUUAGAGGCCUUUGCUGCAGAGGACAAUCACUUUGUAAGGAACUGCAGAAGACUUAUAUCCCUAAGCAGUGCUGUGGCCACUAUGCCCCAGUAUGAAUUCCGGCAAAUCUGUGACACUAAGCUGGAAAGCAUUAGCAGAAGGCUCACAAACUACCAAGAGUUUGCAGGUGAAUUGAAAACAAAGGUGAGCCCAGCCUUCAAACAAGCCAUCAUGGAACCCCAUUCCCUCAACAGCAUGGAUUUCUGCCCCACCAACUGCCAUGUUAACCUCAUGGAGGUAUCAUACCCCAAAAACACUACCUCAGCAGGGAGGUCGUUCAGCAUUCGCAUUGGACGGAAGCCCUCUAUUAUUGGUCUUGAUCCAGAACAAGGUACCUUAAAUCCAGUCUCAUACACUCAACAUUGUAUCACCACUAUGGCUGCACCAUCCUGGAGGUGUCUGACCCCGGAAGAUGGAGAUCUUGAUGGUAGCUUUGGCCAGCAGAAUGGAGGAACAAUUCAGGAAGAAAGGGGACUCAGUUUUCUGCUGAAAUUGGAAGAUCGGGAGAUACAGGACUCAUACUUGCACCUUUUUAACAAACUUGACGUUGCAGUGAAGGAAAUGAAGCAAUAUGUCAUUCAGAUAAAUAAACUUUUGUCCACCAUAACAGAACCUACAGAAGGUGGUGCCUGUGAGCCACCAUCUACUGAGGAGACAUCUCCACCUUCCCUGGGAACAGAAGAGAGUGAUCCUGACAAAGCUGAGCACGGUGGAAUCAAGAAGGUCUGUUUCAAAGUUUCUGAGGAGGACCAGGAAGACUCUGGACAUGACACAAUGAGUUUCAGAGACUCCUACAGUGAGUGUAACAGUAACCGAGACUCAGUGUUGUCGUACACCAGUGUGCGGAGUAACAGCUCUUACUUGGGCAGUGAUGAGAUGGGAUCAGGAGAUGAGCUUCCCAAUGAUAUGAGGAUUCCUUUAGACAAACAAGACAAACUUCAUGGCUGUCUGGAACAUCUUUUUAACCAGGUUGAUGCAAUCAAUGCACUUCUAAAAGGACCUGUAAUAACUAAGGCCUUUGAAGAAACCAAGCACUUUCCAAUGGACCACAGUUUGCAAGAAUUUAAACAGAAGGAAGAAACCACAGUUAGGUGCCGGAAUAAUAUUCAAGCCAGCAUUCAAGAAGACCCAUGGAACCUUCCAUUGCGCAUCAAGAACCUUGUUGAAAUCAUACAAAAACAUGUGGAAGAUGGGAAGAACCAGCUGCUUUUAGCAUUAUUAAAAUGCACAGAUACCGAGCUACAGCUGAGACGUGAUUCCAUCUUCUGCCAGUCUCUUGUGGCUGCUAUUUGCACCUUUUCAGAGCAGUUACUGGCUGCUCUCAACUAUCGAUACAACAACAAUGGGGAAUAUGAAGAGAGCAGCAGAGAUGCCAGCAGAAAAUGGCUGGAACAGAUAGCAGCCACUGGUGUUUUACUAAACUACCAGUCUCUUCUCUCCUCUGCUGUGAAGGAGGAGCGUACUAUGCUGGAAGACAUCCAGGUCACUCUGACUGAACUGGACAAAGUUGCCUUCUAUUUCAAGCAGCUGGAUGAAAGUCUUGUAGCAAAUACUCAUGUCUCCUACCACAUUGAAGGAAGUCGUCAGGCCUUGAAGGUUAUCUUUUAUCUUGACAGCUACUACUUCUCCAAACUGCCUUCUCGGUUUCAGAAUGGGGGAAGCUUGAAACUGCACACGGUGCUCUUUACAAAAGCUCUGGAGAGUAUGGAGGGGCAACCAGCUGGCCCAUUUCUAGAAGAACUUCCCCAGCAAAUUAAUGGUAUUUCACUUGAAAAAGUGCAGCAAUACUACCGCAAACUCAGGACAUUUUACCUAGAGAGAUCAAACUUGCCCACUGAUUCCAAUACUACUGCAGUGAAGAUUGACCAGCUUAUUCGCCCCAUUAAUGCAAUGGAAGAGCUUUGCAGGCUGAUGAAGUCUUUCAUUAGUACAAAACCAACCCAGUCAGGAUAUUCUAGCAGUAACACAUCAGGAGCUGGCCUGCUGCCUAUAUCCUCUGAGCUCUGUUACCGACUUGGAGCCUGCCAGAUUACUAUGUGUGGCACUGGGAUGCAGAGGAGUACGCUGAGCGUGUCUCUGGAGCAAGCAGCCAUUCUGGCUCGCAGUCAUGGACUUUUGCCCAAGUGUAUCAUGCAAGCUACAGACAUCAUGCGAAAGCAAGGACCAAGGGUUGAAAUCUCUGCCAAGAAUCUGAAAGUGAUGGACCAAAUGCCACAGUGUGCACCUCGACUCUAUAGGUUGUGCCAGCCACCUACAGAUGGGGAUUUAUAAAGGUCAGAGGGGCACCUCCAUUGCAGCAUCGUGAAAGCAUUCAACCAUGAGUAGCCCUGCCUGCAGACCCACGCUAACUGACAGUGAUGGUGCUGAACCAAGAGAGGAAGAGAGAUUGCUCCCGUUUAGUAGGAGAUGGUGCUGGACCCUAGUACCAAGAAUCUGCCUCUGAACUCCUGCAGCAAGAGCAGAGAUUCUUGUAUUGCUUUGACUUCUUGAAGAAAUUCUUGAAACGAACACCA